GGCGCGUUUUCUCAUUUGCUGGGUCUCAAGAGUAGCAUUCUCAGUGAAAGGAACAGUCGAACAGCUUGCAGCCUGGUGGCCAGGGCUCAGAGGUCUCUCUUCCUGUUACGUGCUCUCCCCAAGUCAGGCCUAGAAAGACCGUGGGACAGGGACACACUCCCAGCUCUGUGUUGAUGGGACAGCGCCGAAGGGUGCCUGGAGUAUGCACUGGCAGGUAGCAGGGUCACCUGCCCCAGAUUUGAGGUGGGAGGAGGUCAGGAAAGGCUUUCGCUGAGUGAGAGUAUAAAUGAGCUCUGAAGGACAGGAGCUGGCUGGGCAAAUGGGAGAGAGUGUGCUUCAGGCUCCAAGUGAGACAGGGUGGCGUGUUUUAAUUCCAGAAAUGAAAAACUGAAGUGUGUGUUGGGAGAGUUGGAAGGGAAAGAGGUCAGGAGGGAGGACCAGGGAGGGACAGGUUGUUCUGGCCUUUAUAAGUUUAUCACAAGAGCAUCAGGGAACAAUUGAGGGGGUUAAUUAGGAGAGUAGCUGGAUGGGAUUUGCACUUUAAAAAGAGCCUUCUAACCAAAUUGUGGAGGCUGACUAAGGGGGAGGCCAGAGGCCAGGAAGCAGUUUUAGAGCCGUAGGCAGUAUCUCAGGUGGAUCAUGGUGAUGAGGAUGGGGAGCCUGCUGGGUACACUAUAGGGAGAUUUGUCUAUGAGGUGGAAUCAUGAGGACUUGAUGAUUGGUUGGCAGUGAGGGGGAUGCUCAGGUUUUGUCCUGAUUGGAGAUACCAGAAGAGAGGCUGCUUUAACCCAGGAUAUUCAUACAGCCCAUAGGCACUGAAGGUGUCCGUGAGCCAUGUGCCAGGCCUUGGUGUCUGCGGUUCAGUGGUGUAAACAGACAUGGCCCACCCUGGGGAGCCCUUGCAUACAUUGGGCUCAUGAUUAGUUAAUGGGUGGUGAGUGUUCCCAAAGGAGUUAGCCUCAUCUCAGGGGUCCAGAAAGGCCUCUCUGAGGAAAUGACAUGCCUGUUACAUAAUGGCUCUUAAAUUAUGCUGGGAAAGUCAAACAGCCAGAGACCUGAAGGGUGAGGUCUUAGCUAGUGAAGAGAACAGAAAGAGCUGUAAGCAAGGAAAGACAGCUGCAGAGACUGAAGUUUUUCAAGGAUCUGGAAGAAGGCCUGUGGUGGCUGAGGGUGAGAAAGCUGGACAAAGAAUGGGCAAAGCUGUCGCUCAGUGCCCCAAGUGUCUGUGGCCAGCCCUAAUGGAAGACCCACAGAGGGCUGGAUGUACAGGUCUAACACGUGGAGCAGAGAUCUGGGCCAGACACAGGCCUAUGAGUUGGCAGCCUGUGGAAGAUCCACAGACCAGCAUGGCUGCCACUGCUGCUGUGAGUCCCAGUGACUACCUGCAGCCUGCUGCCUCCACCACCCAGGACUCCCAGCCAUCUCCCUUAGCCCUGCUUGCUGCAACAUGUAGCAAAAUUGGCCCUCCAGCAGUUGAAGCUGCUGUGACACCUCCUGCUCCCCCACAGCCCACACCGCGGAAGCUUGUCCCUAUCAAACCUGCCCCUCUCCCUCUCAGCCCCGGCAAGAAUAGCUUUGGAAUCUUGUCCUCCAAAGGAAAUAUACUUCAGAUUCAGGGGUCACAACUGAGCACCUCCUAUCCUGGAGGGCAGCUGGUGUUCGCUAUCCAGAAUCCCACCAUGAUCAACAAAGGGACCCGAUCAAAUGCCAAUAUCCAGUACCAGGCGGUCCCUCAGAUUCAGGCAAGCAAUUCCCAAACCAUCCAAGUACAGCCCAAUCUCACCAACCAGAUCCAGAUCAUCCCUGGCACCAACCAAGCCAUCAUCACCCCCUCACCGUCCAGUCACAAGCCUGUCCCCAUCAAGCCAGCCCCCAUCCAGAAGUCGAGUACGACCACCACCCCCGUGCAGAGCGGGGCCAAUGUGGUGAAGUUGACAGGUGGGGGCGGCAAUGUGACACUCACUCUGCCCGUCAACAACCUCGUGAACGCCAGUGACACCGGGGCCCCUACUCAGCUCCUCACUGAAAGCCCCCCAACCCCGCUGUCUAAGACUAACAAGAAAGCAAGGAAGAAGAGCCUUCCUGCCUCCCAGCCCCCUGUGGCUGUGGCUGAGCAGGUGGAGACGGUGCUGAUCGAGACCACCGCGGACAACAUCAUCCAGGCAGGAAAUAACCUGCUCAUUGUUCAGAGCCCUGGUGGGGGCCAGCCAGCUGUGGUCCAGCAGGUCCAGGUGGUGCCCCCCAAGGCCGAGCAGCAGCAGGUGGUGCAGAUCCCCCAGCAGGCUCUGCGGGUGGUGCAGGCGGCAUCUGCCACCCUCCCCACUGUCCCCCAGAAGCCCUCCCAGAACUUUCAGAUCCAGGCAGCUGAGCCGACACCUACUCAGGUCUACAUCCGCACGCCUUCUGGUGAGGUGCAGACAGUCCUUGUCCAGGACAGCCCCCCAGCAACAGCUGCAGCCACCUCUAACACCACCUGUAGCAGCCCUGCAUCCCGUGCUCCCCAUCUGAGUGGGACCAGCAAAAAGCACUCAGCUGCAAUUCUCCGAAAAGAGCGUCCCCUGCCAAAGAUUGCCCCAGCCGGGAGCAUCAUCAGCCUGAAUGCAGCCCAGUUGGCGGCAGCUGCCCAGGCAAUGCAGACCAUCAACAUCAAUGGUGUCCAGGUCCAGGGCGUGCCUGUCACCAUCACCAACACAGGCGGGCAGCAGCAGCUGACAGUGCAGAAUGUUUCUGGGAACAACCUGACCAUCAGUGGGCUGAGCCCCACCCAGAUCCAGCUGCAAAUGGAACAAGCCCUGGCCGGAGAGACCCAGCCCGGGGAGAAGCGGCGCCGCAUGGCCUGCACGUGUCCCAACUGCAAGGAUGGGGAGAAGAGGUCUGGAGAGCAGGGCAAGAAGAAGCACGUGUGCCACAUCCCCGACUGUGGCAAGACGUUCCGUAAGACGUCCUUGCUGCGUGCCCAUGUGCGCCUGCACACUGGCGAGCGGCCCUUUGUCUGCAACUGGUUCUUCUGUGGGAAGAGGUUCACACGGAGUGACGAGCUCCAACGGCAUGCUCGCACCCACACAGGGGACAAACGCUUUGAGUGCGCCCAGUGUCAGAAGCGCUUCAUGAGGAGUGACCACCUCACCAAGCAUUACAAGACCCACCUGGUCACGAAGAACUUUUGCCUGAGGCAAAAUCUUCAACUUGGCAGUUCGGCUUCCUUUGUCUUUUCCCUUGGAGAGCUCGGAGAGGGGACUCCAGAGGAGGGAGCUGUGGUCUCUCAGAGCGAUCCACACUGGGACCAAGAGCUAAUAGGAACUCAGGGGUUGCGAUGUUGUGCAGAUUAAGAUUGGAGCUAGCUCAGUACAUGUGUUUAAGCCCCACAGGGCCCUGAAGAGCAUCCGGCCUGAAGAGACAGGCAAGUCCGCCUCAAGCAUGUAGAGGACAGCAUGUGCUUUCACUCACCCUCGAAAGGACACAGCUGGGAUUGCUGUUCUGUUCAGGAGUGGCGAGGCUCGUUUUGAGCUAUCCAUUCCCCUGCUCUGUUCCCUUUGUCACCAGCCACCUGUGUCUGCCAGCAAACAGCUUUUCCUUAGAGCCAGUCAACCCUCAAAUGGCUGAAAAAGUAAAAAGCCCACAGAUCUCAGAUGGAUCCAGGUUCUCUGCCCUUCCCCUCUUCUUUGUUAACAAGCAGGGGCCUUUCCUAUCCCUACGGAAGUCGUUUGGGCAAUACUAGACCACCAGCUGAAUCUACCUUGACACAGAAGCCUCUUCCUCAGCCCCUCAGCUCUGCAUCUCAUCACCGCACUGGCAGCAGGUGGAAGACAUGAGGUGUAUUUAUUCCUCAUGCGUGGACUGCAUGACUAGAAAACUGCCUUGCUGCAUUCUGAAUAAGGGGAUUGGUGGAGAGAUGGGGAAUAUUAACAAAGUGACCUCUUUUUGCCACAUGUUUCCCUUGGCUUUGCUCUCAGGCACAAAGAAUGAUCCUUUCCUGGGAGCUGAUUUCAAGCCAUGUGCUUUAUGCUUCCAGUACAGAAACUGACCUGACUCCCCAGCAUCAUUUGGAAAUGAAGGUGCCAGCCCCAAGUUGGGCAGGACGAGCAUUUCCCGUGUAGGAUUUCCCUUCUCCAGUGAGAUGGGGGUUCAAAAGUUAUGUCUGAUCAUCUCUGCCUCCCUUGGGAUGGCUGAGAGCGAGAGAGUGUAUUCUGCCUAGCUGAGUGAUGGCACAAGGAAAGCACAGAAAGACUUGUGGGCAAAUUAACCCUCCUCUGGCUUUAACCUAUCCAUUAUUUGAGAGUUGCAGGGGAACUGUUGAAGGUGUGAUGCAGUCUAAGCUCACCCUAGGCAAGAGGCUCCCACAGACACCUGAUCCUGAUGGGCCCUUGAUGAAAAUCUGGGUGCAGCUCAAGGGUAGGGGCCCCACAUGUGUAGUUCCUCCUCUGUCCUCUACUGUCCCCAGCGUCAUGUGCACCAAAGCCCAUCCCUCAUGCCCUUCCUCUCUGUCCAGCUGACACUUGGCAUUGUGCCCAUUAUCCCAGAGCCUAGGAUUCCAUGCCUGGAAGAAAGGGGGACUGGGCAGGACUUCCCUCCCAAAGGCAAAUCCAGGCAUUAUAUGUACUUUUUUUUUUUUCUUUAACAAAACCAGCAAAUGGGUCUUCCUUGCCCUUCCUUCAAACCACCCAGUCCAUUUUUACAAUCAUCUUUCUGGCCGGGCACAGUGGCUCAUGCCUGUAAUCCCAGCACUUUGGGAGGCCGAGGCGGGUGAAUCACUUGAGGUCAGGAGUUCAAAACCAGCCUGGCCAACAUAGUGAAACCCUGUCUCUACUAAGAAAUAUAAUAAUUAGCCGGGCGUGGUGGCGCAUGCCUGUAGUCCCAGCUACUCGGGAGGCUGAGGCAGGCAGGAGAAUUGCUUGAACCCAGUAGGCAGAGGUUGCAGUGAGCCGAGAUCAUGCCACUGCACUCCAGCCUGGGUGACAGAGCAAGACUCUGUCUCAAAAAAAAGAAAAAAAAUCAUCUUUCCAGUGCCCUUGUGAGGCCCCAGGCUUGUUUGAUGACAGUGCUGACGUUACAGCCUGCCACAUGACAUAUUUUGAGGAAGACAAGAUGGAGCAAGAGAAGGGUUCAGACCUAUCCCCAAGCCCAGGGUAGGUGUGUAGGAGCCCUGAGCGGAUGGAUGCAAGCUGUCCUGGUCUGAGUGCAGAGAAUGGGGUGUUCGGGUUCUCCAUUUGAGUCUUCCACUGCCCAAACCUGAGGCCCCUUUAAGGUUGCCCCUUAAAGUUGCCACACCCAGAAAUUGGGCCAAAGAAGUUAAGCUGUUGAUUAUUUCAAUUCUGAAUAAAAAUGAAGGCAUCUUCUCUGCCUCCUAA